AUGGAAUAUCCACGUUUCCUUCGUCAGUUCAAGACGAGAAUAGUUGCGUACACAGACUCUGAAGACGAGAGACUUAGCUACUUGGAACAGUACACCACUGCGGACGCUCACAAUAUAGUAAAAGGGUACUCACACCUAGAGAGUACGGUAGGUUAUAAAGCCACCAUGGACGAAUUGAAGACUAGAUAUGGCGACACGGAAGUCGUUGCAGCAGCCUACAUAAAGAGGGCGUUAGACUGGCCAGUCAUAAAGCCGGACAACGCUAAGGCCCUGGAUGACUUUGCAGUGUUUUUGAUGGAGUGUCAACACGCGGUGGGUAGUAUUCAAGCCGGCCAAGUGCUGGAGUAUGCUGACCAUAUACGGCAGCUUCUCAAGAAGCUCCCCUUCUAUCUGCACGAUAGGUGGAAGACCACCGUUCAGAGAACAAAAAGCUCCGAGCGCGUUGUUCAGUUCAAGCACUUGAAAACGGAAAGACAGCCGCAAAGCACCGGUGGAAAACAGUUUUAUAGUAAGGCCAAGGGCGGCAUGCGUAGCCUGGCUAGCAGCGCCGAGAAUGGUGGUUCUGACCGCCCCACUCAGGGGUCGACAGAGACCAACUGGGGGAGAGCAAAGAAAUUUGCCUUUGAAGCUCCAUGCGGAUUCUGCAAGGAUGCUAACCAUGCCAUGAAUCAGUGCAAGAAAUUUAUAGCUAACGGGAGAUCAGAGUUCGUCAAGGCAAAUAGACUCUGUUUCGGCUGUUUGAAGCUGGGACACAGGAAACGAGAAUAUAGAGGACGAGAGGCCUGUAAGAAGUGCGGAGACAAGCAUUCCACUUUAUUACACGACGAGCGUCGAGUAAGGCCACCAUCGCAGCCACAAGGUAAAACUAGCAACACCUGGGCUACCGUCACAGCCAACGAGGCACUGUGUUCUAUGGGAGCCGGAGACGCCGGAGAGUGUACAAUGGCCAUUGUACCAGUCUUGGUCCGAACUCAGAACAACACCACUGUGGAGACAUAUGCUUUUCUUGACACUGGCAGUAAUGUCAGUUUCUGCACCGACAAGCUCGCAAGGCAGUUGGGCGUAACAGGACAAAAAAGGACAAUUAUCCUCGACACCAUAGGAACGCCACACUGCAUGACAACUCGCCGGAUUAGUGAUCUUGAGAUUAGUGACUUGGACGGCAGUGACCAUGUUCGCUUGCUGCCACUUUAUACCAAGAAGAGGAUUCCGGUGACACAGCGACACAUUCCAACCCAGCACGAUAUUGAGAGAUGGGACCAUCUACAAGGAAUCACGUUACCCACGUUAGAUGCAGAUAUCGGUCUGCCGAUAGGGAACAACGUGCCGGACGCUUACACCCCUCAGUUAAUCCAGACAGGACCUCGUGGUAGUCCUUAUGCAGCUAAGACUGUAUUAGGCUAG